AUGGCUGAAAACCCCCACAAUAUUCUGCACUUACAGUCGGACGAUGGGACAUUUAUUGAAGGAGUAAGCAAUCAAGUGAUUGUUGCAGUUGUACUAAGUCUGAGCUUUGUAGCUAUACUCAUCUAUUUUUCUCUUAAGAAAUGAGCAGCAAAAUAUCCACCCUGAAAACCAAGAAAGGGUGAGAGCCAUCAGAGAGCAGCUACAAAAUGAACAAGAAACAGCAAUCCAUGAGCGGCAUCAGUUUUACUCAGACAUGUCUUGUCCAGUCUGUUUACAACAGGCCACGUUUCCAGUGGAAACAAACUGUGGACAUCUUUUCUGUGGUCCAUGCAUCAUUGCAUAUUGGAGGUAUGGAUCAUGGCUUGGUGCUAUUAGCUGUCCCAUUUGCCGUCAAACGGUAACGUUGCUAUUUCCGAUGUUUCAAGUCACUGAACAGCAAGAUGUGCAAGAGAUAUUUCAGGAAGUUAACAGUUAUAAUAGAAGAUUUUCGGGACAGCCUCGUUCUCUUCUAGAAAGGAUCAUGGAUCUGCCUACCUUGUUACGCCACGCAUUUCGAGAGAUGUUUUCAGUGGGUGGUCUCUUCUGGAUGUUCCGAAUCAGAAUUGUUCUCUGUCUGCUGGGAGCCUUUUUCUAUCUUGUGUCACCACUGGACAUUAUUCCUGAAGCUCUCUUUGGUAUUCUAGGUUUC